AUGAAAUUCAUCUUCCCAACUCUUCCUAUCAUCUCUAGGUCACUAUUCGGUCUUACCUCUACUCGUAUCACACCCGAUCAACAUGUUCUUAACAACAUGCCGGUCCAUCUUCUGGCCGCCAUAUACGCUUCAGCACAACCCUUUGCCAAGUUUGACGAGUAUCUAUCAGUUCUCAACGCUUAUUCAACGCCGCCAACUGAGCAGCUCUGGCGCAUAGUGUGGGAGAUUCUCCUACAAGAAAUACACACCCCUCACUUAGCAUCCCUGCAAGCGGGACUUCUUUAUUUGCACAAAGCACCCGAAAAGAGUCAAAGUGCUGUUGCAGACAGCGCAUCUGUAUGGUCUUUUGUGGGAUUGCUCGUCGGACUCGCUACAUCGCUCGGUCUUCAACUGGAAUGUGGGCCAAUGGGCCUUCCGGCCUGGGAGCGGAGACUGCGGAGAAGACUGUGGUGGGCGAUUUAUGCCGAGGACAAAUGGAGAAGCCUCCUGAUGGGUCGGCCCCCUUAUAUCAGAAAUGAUGAGUGGGAUGUAACAGAGCUCGACGACAAAGACUUCCACAUUGAUGAAGCCCCCCUGGCACAAGAUGUACUGCAAGCGCAGCAAUUCCAAUGUUUUGCCCGUCUGUCUCGAAUAGCAGACGAGGUGCAGCACGACCUUUACGCUCUGCGGUCCGCACAACGCUUAUCAUCGAAUUUCUCGGAAUCUCUCAAAACCGCUCGUCCACUUCUUCAAAGGCUGAGGGAAUGGUACGUCCACUUACCAGCACCGCUCAGACUGCAUGAUAGGCUUUUCGCAUCCAUCGACGGGACAGGUCCACAAUUAACCUGUCUUCAUUUUGCUUAUACGCUGUUGGAAGUGUUCAUCUUCCGCGCUCUUCUGCGACCUAUAGUCCGAUCAGCUACUCCUCCACCCUUAUUCGAAGAGACAGAAGCCUCAACCAACUUCACCACAGCCCUCGAUGAUUACAUCUUUCAUAUCAUGGAUCCUGACGAAAUCGAACCAAGCCCGGCAAUAGACCUGUCAAACGAGAACGGUGUGGGUUGCGCUGUUCUCAAAGCGGCCGAGAACUGCGCAGCGAAGAUGCUCCGAUUGGUGAUGAGGAUGGCAUAUAGUGACUUGGCCGGGUAUUGGUUCUCAUGUAUGUGUCUUCUGACUCCUCAUUGUUCUAUGAGCAGACAUUGUCUAACAUGCUAUCUGUUCCCAGGGUCUCGGAUCGGCUUUGCGACUGUUUCCAGCUUCAUGUUACUUUUACUUGUGCAAGCACCAUCCAAAGAUCAUGCCAUUAGGGCCAGACGAUUAGUGCACAUGUGGCGACAGGCCUUGCGAAGGCAGAGCGAGGGUUCUUCGUUGAUGAACCUGGCUCUGGUACGGUUGGAUGGAAUCUACUGGACCGGACUGUGCCGGAAUUAUUACCUUUCAAAGCAUGUCAAGGAAGCGCUUGAUGAGACCGUGUACCAGUAA